AUCUUAUUUACUUCCUGGUACAACCAUAUUUUGAGAAACAGCUAAGGAAAUGACUUUAAAUUGUAAUUUAAACAACUGAAAGGACUUUUGCAUUCAUCAAAAGGUCAUGGCAUCCAGUAAACCUAUACCAUGUGGACCUUGUCAAGAAGAAAAAGUCAACACUAAAGCUGACAUCUGGUGUUACAACUGUAACGAAGGCUUGUGUUCAACAUGUUCUGUUCAACACAAAAAAUUCAAAGUAACACGAGAUCAUAAAACUAUUGAUAUCAAAAGUUAUAAACCCUCCAUCAGAGCUAUCAAUACAGAAUGUGACAUACAUGGUCAACAGCUAAAACUGUACUGUCCCAGUCAUUUAAUGCCUUGCUGUGAUGAAUGUAUUUCUAUAAAUCAUUCAAAAUGUACUGGAAUAAAAAGUUUAGAAAGUGUAGUAGACAACACCAAAAUUGAAAAAUCAACAAAAAAAAUAGAUAAUGAUAUUAACUCCACCUUACAGAUUUUGAAUGAAAUAAUGAGCAACAAAUCAGGAAACAUCAAAAGAGGAGAAGAACAAGUGGACAGCAUAAAGGAAACUAUUGGGAAAUAUAGAAAGAAAAUAAAUAAACAUUUAGAUGACCUGGAGAAGAAGCUUUGCCAAGAAACAGACACCAUCUUAAAUCAAGAAAAAUCAAAAGCAUCAGAUUUAAAAACUGAAAUUGAUGGAAAACAGAAAAACUUAAAGAAAAUGCAAGAACAAUUACAUACAGUUAUACCACACACUUCAAAACUCCAAUCAUUUCUAGGUUUACAUCAGAUUGAACAACAAGUACAUCAAUGUCAAAGAUAUGUUGAUGAUCUGGAAGAUGAUGAUAGGGUAAAAGAAUUUGAUAUCAAAAUGAAACAAAAUGAUGAGAUAGAAAGUAUACAAAGCAAGAUAAGAUCACUAGAAUCCCUGGGAGAAGUAAUGGUUGUUAAAAAAAAUAUAGACUUGAAUAGAGAAAGAAGUGUGAGGAGGAAAGCACAAGUACAAUCACGAGAACAAUCCAACAUAAACAACAUGGCAAUGAAUAUAGAGACAAAGAUAGAGAUCAACAUAAAGAAGUAUAUCAGUGACAUGAUUUGUCUGAUGGAUGGAAGAGUUAUAGUAGUGGAAUAUAGGAGUAAAGUUAAACUACUUACUUCUGAUGGCAAACUACAGAAACAAUUACCUAUACCUGGUGAAGCCUGGAGUGUUACACAGAUCAAUCAGAACACUAUAGCCAUAACUUAUCCUGAUGAGAAAGCCAUUAAGAUCUUCAAUUUGGAGAAUAAAACAGUUACCAAAGUCAUCACAUUAGACAAAUUAUGCUAUGGUUUAUCAUUCUCCAAUAAUUCUCUGGCUGUAGGUUUGUAUGGAGAUGAAAUCCGUAUUAUAGACUUGGAAGGAAAUACACAGAAGUCAAUACAAGUUGAGAGUCAAACAGACCUGUUGUACCUUGUUUACUGUAAUGACAGAGUUAUCUAUAGUGACUGUAAUGGUGAAGCAGUAAACUGUUAUGAUGAAUCAGGUAAACAGAUCUGGCAAUAUACACAGGAUUUAUCAAGACCAUAUGGACUUUGUAAAGAUACUUAUGGUAACAUCAUUGUAGCAGACUAUGACUCAGAUAGUAUAAUAGUAAUAUCAAAAGAUGGACAGAAUAGUAAAGUACUGAUUGUUGAAGAGGAUGAACUGGAGGAUCCAAAGUAUAUUUGUUUUAAACAUAAUGAGUCUGCAGGUUUUAUUUGUGAUAACAAAGGCACAUACAUGGCAAAAUUCAAUUUAUCUUCUGGAUAAGGUUUCCUUUGUGCAACACUUUACUGUCGUAUUAUUCUAAAUAUUAAUAAAUCAAUGUUAUGUGGUAAAUGGAUUCAAACAUUUAUCUUUUACAAAUAAGGUUAACACCUAGUUUGACUGAUCAAUCUUAAUUCUGGUUACAAGAGGACUUUGUAUAGAUACUUAUGGUAACAUCAUUGUAGCAAACUAUUACUCUGAUAGAAUAAUACUUAUUUCAAAAGAUGGACAGAACAGUAAAGUACUGAUUAGUGAAAAUGAAGGAUUGGAUGAGCCUCAGUGUAUUUUUUUUAAACACAAUGAGUCUUCAGGUUUUAUUUGUGAUGAAGAUGGCGAGUUCUUGACAAAAUUCAAUUUAUCUUCAAGAUAAAAUAGAGAAUAAGGAUUGUAUUCUACAGAACUAUAAUAUUGCUAUGUAAUACAUAUACAUGUAUAUAUUAAAAGACUGGUGUGCUUUUCUUUUUAUUAUGAAAAUAAAAUUCUGUUAUUGUGGUU